GACUACGCACUGUCAUCAUGAUGGCGGAAGAGCUAUUGAACCACUAACGAUUUGAGAAAUUACUACCACUAUUUCUAAUUAUCGUUCAAUAAUACCUCCUGCCACACAUGAGUACAGAGAUCUAACAUUAAACUUCGAAGCCAUGAGGCGAAGUAAGGCUGAAGUGGAUCGCUAUAUCUCUUCGAUACACAGUUCGUCCCCUUCGCUCAAAGAGCCGUACAAAGGCUUUUUAUUUGCCAAGCUGUAUUUUCAGGCGAAGGAGUAUGAACUCGCUAAAAGACAUGUGUCAGAAUAUCUCAAAGUACAGGAGUGGGACCUCAAAGCACACACAUUCCUUGGCCAGCUCUACGAGAAAGAGGGAGAAGUUGACAAAGCAGUUGGAUGUUAUAAGAGGUCAUUGGACCUGAACCCAGCACAGAAGGACCUGGUUCUGAAGGUGGCUGAGUUGCUGUGCAGUAAGGAUCCAUUUGACAGCAGGGCAGAGUUCUGGGUGGAGAAGGCCAGCAAGCUGCUCCCUUGUAACCCAGCUGUCUUCAACCUCAAGGAGAAGCUGCUCAGCCGUCAGGGCCAACAGGGAUGGAACCACCUUUUCGAUCUUCUGCAGUCUGAGUUAGCCGUGCGCCCAGCCGAUGUCCACGUCAACAUAAAGCUGGUUGAGCUGUACUCUAAAGAUGGCCGCCUGGACGAGGCUGUGAAACACUGCUUGAGCCAUGAGAAAAAGGGCCAGCUACGCAAAAGUCUGGAUUGGAACUCCGUGGUGGCCGACACACUGCAGGAAUACCUGGCCCAUCCCGGUGUCUCCAACAAUGAAAAGCUGUGUCGUCGCCUUAAAGGAGAGCUGCUGCUGGCCCACUGCAACCUGCUGAGACUCAAACUAUCAGUCAGUGGAGUGCUGCCCGCACUUGAUGCUCUGAGAAGUUUUGAUGAAGCCAUGCGGUCUGUGAGUGCCACAGCAGGUGGCCAGACAGACGAGCUGUGCGAGGUGUUUGGAGAAAUGCGAGCUCACCUUUACCUGCACACUGGUACCCUCCUACUGAAAAUGGCCCAAGAGCGUGAGCAGAACUGGAGAGCUGUGACCGACUUGGCCACCCUCUGCUUCCUGUUGUCUUACCAGGUGCCCAGACCAAAGCUUAAGCUGACUAAAGGAGAUCAGUUGGCACCCCAGCUGUUGGAGCUGAUGGCCAACGAUAGACAGAGCCAGGCUGGCCACAUGCUUCUCAACCUCAGCUCGGACCCACAGACCUUUAUCACUGAGGUGGUGGAAGCAUUUGGUAAUUGCAUCGAGCAGAGUUCUCUUUUUGAGCUCCUGUUUGGAGAGCAGUCCUCCACAAGUGCCUCCUUCAUGGCCAAUGACUUCUGUUCCAUCAACACUCAAGUCCCAGAAUUCUCUCAGCUGGCUAAGUGGGACAAUGGUUCCAUCAUGCUCCAUGGAGGAGACUUGCAGCACCUGAGCUGGCUGGGCCUGCAGUGGACCUUGUUGGCCCAGAGGCCAGCCCUGCGAGAGUGGCUCAAGCAGCUCUUCCCAGGACUCAACCUGGAAACAUCCAAGCUUGACACCAAUGCUCCCGAGUCCAUCUCCCUGCUGGACUUGGAGGUGUUUGUGUGCGGGGUGGUGUUCUGCUGCCAUAGCCAGCUCCAGGAGACUGCUAAGAUCAGCUGUGUCGGCCAGCAGCCACUCAGCGAGCCCCGAUGCCUUCCUCUUCCUCUUCUCCGCUCCCUGUCCACUGAUCGGCAGAGGGAGUGGUGGGAUGCCAUCUACAGUCUCAUCCACAAAAAAGCUCUACCUGACACGUCAGCCAAGCUGCGUAUGGUUGUGCAGCAUGGUCUGAGUUCACUCAGAGCAGGAGAGAAACACGGUCUGCAGCCAUCACUCGCUAUUUCCUGGGCUCAACAUCUCAGCCAGAUGGGCAUGGAGGUGAACUCAUCCUAUGGCCAGAAGGAAUACAUUGGCCGUAGUGUCCACUACUGGAAGGCUGCUCUUCCUCUCUUGGACAAGAUCAAAAACAGGCGAAGCAUACCAGAACCCCUUGACCCCCUCUUCAUUCAUUUCUCCAACAGAGAUAUCCAGAUCUCAAUUGUGAAGGGCUAUGAGGAAGAAGCCAUGAUAGGAUUUGCAUCUCUCUUGGACGUAGAGGGUAAGACGGAAGAAGCCAUUUCCAUCCUGGAAACGAUCAAUAACGUGACAUCUUCCUGGCAUCUUGCACAGAUCUACCAAAGGCUGUCAGAGGAGGCAGGCAGUGGGGUAGAGGAGACAAAAGACCGGUGUAUCAUGUACCUCAAGAAGUUCAGAACUUAUCUGUCUAAGAUCUACAACUCGGAUGACCUGGAGCAGCUGCCUGUAUCCAUAGAAGUGGUGAUGGUCCUCUUGAAUGAGGUGAAUCAGCAGCUGGAAGAGAUUGGUGAGAUUGGAGAGGAGAAAGAGGAGAAGGGAGGAGCCCGAAGAGCACCAACCUGGUCCACACCAGAAACUACCGCAACUGUCUCCCGUGUCACAGUUUCUCCCUCCAAAAUACACCUGAUUUCUCCUAAGACACCACUGCAUUUGGCCGAGGAUGAGAAGUCUCUUCUACCGAUGCUCUUGCAGCAAGUAGAAGCUCUCAAAAUUGAGGUCCACGAUCUGAAGCACAAUUCUAGUGGGAACCUAGGCUCCGCUCAUCAUCGGAUGUAUGGGUACAGCUAUGGAGCCGACGUACUACAAGAGCCCAACAACCCGGGACUGUCCUUUCAAGCACCACAAUUAACAGAUCCUACCACGGGGCCGCAUGGGUACUACAACCAGUCUCCUGCUUAUAACUCUCAAUCUGUACUUCGCACGUCAGCAAAUGUGACUCCCACAAAGGGUUCCAUGUACAACAUGAAUCGUAUGCCCCCACAACAGCAUAUGAUUUCCUACCAGCAGCCGAACCACACACCACCAAUGCAACCUGCACUGCCCUGCGUCUACCCCCCACAAGAACAAGUUUUCGGUGCAUCUCUUCGCUUUGAGUCACCAGCAACCAACCUUCCCUCACCGUACAGUGACAAAUAUUGCAACCAUGGUGUGACUCAGCCAACAGCCAACCUGCCCCUUCCUGAGCCUGGUUACUUUACCAAACACUCUCCGGUUAUCGUUCAACCAAAGAGCAUUAAGGGGAAAGCAAUGGAUUUUGGGAAAAUCACUUUUGGCCAAAUAGCAUUAACUGACAUCCCAAAGGUUCCUAGUCUUGUUGCUGGGCCCACUAGUCAAACUGCACAAUCGUCCUACGAUGGAGCCUUUACCCUCUCUCCUUCUCAAGCCAAGCACAGUGAGAGUCUGCUAGGGCUGCUGACUUCAGAUAUUUCCACUAAAACAGGGUUCAGUUUCGCAGGUGCAACAACGAACACUGGAAUUUCAGGCAUAUUUGAAAAGGUUCAAAAGCCAUUUCAUCUUCCCGAUAAGAUAGAUGUAAAAAAAGGUGAGAAAGAAGAACAGGAAUUGUUCUGUAAUAGGGCUGGAAAUAUAAAGAUUUUAAAGCAUAACACUUCAGGAAAGGUGCGCAUAAUGAGGAGAGAACAAGUCCUUAAGAUCUGUGCCAACCACUAUAUCAACGCUGAUACCCUACUUAAACCCAAUGCUGGCUCAGACAAGUCAUGGGUCUGGAAUGCCAUUGAUUAUAAGAAGCAAGGUCGAUGGGACUGUGAUGCAUGUUAUGCAAGAAACGAGUCGUCAUCGAAUUGUUGUGUUGCCUGUCAAACUGAUGCCUCAGCAGCAUCAGUUGUCACAAAACCAUCAGAAACAGCAGGUCCACCUUCAGGAACAGCAGCUGCCCCAACCACCAAGCCUCAGAGCUCUGCGUUUGGCUCGAGUUUUGGUAGCCAAUUUGGGAUGAAGGCAGGUCAAUGGAACUGUAAUGCAUGUUAUGUAAGAAAUGAGUCAUCAUCGAAGAGUUGUGUUGCCUGUCAAACGCCUCAGGCCUCAGCAGGAUUAGUUGUCACAGAAACAGCAGGCCCACAUGCACAAAUUGCAGCUGCCCCAACCAGCAAGCAACAGAGCUCUGCGUUUGGAUCAAGUUUCAGUUGCCAAUUUGGGAUGAAACAAGGUCAAUGGGACUGUGAUGCAUGUUAUGUGAGAAAUGAGUCCUUAAGAAAGAGUUGUGUCGCCUGUCAAACUCCUCAGGCCUCAGCAGCAUCAGUUAUCACAGAAAAAGCAGGGCCAACUGCCCAAAUGAAAGCUGCCCCAACCACCAAGCCUCUGAGCUCUGCGUUUGGCUCGAAUUUCGGUGGCCAAUUUGGGAUGAAACCAGGACAGUGGGACUGUGAUGCAUGUUAUGUAAGAAAUGAGUCCUCAUCCAAGAGUUGUGUUGCCUGUCAAACUUUGAAUCCCUUAUCCAAAACGACUUCCCAUACAGCUAAAGCCCCAUGCCCUACUCUGUGGUACUGUGACACUUGUUUGGUCAGGAACAAUGCGUCCGUCAGUCAAUGUUUGUCCUGUCAGACGGCUAAUCCUAACCAAAGUAUUAGUGGCCCUGGUCCUUCAUCAGGCAUCAGGAGCUCAACUUUUAGGUUUAGUUUUGGAGAUAAAACUGCAUCGAGUCAAACAGCUGGAACUGCCAUUAAUUCUGGCUUUGCUAGUAACAAAGGUUCUUCCUUUAAGUUUGGAGUGCCCCAAUCAGAAAUUCCUGGCGCUUCAAGCUUUUCAUUUGCAUUGCCCAUUCAAGCUGGGGGAUUCCAGUUUGGUGCUCAAGAAACUAAAAAUGAAGUAUCUGCGAUGUUAACUGCACCAGUGACUACUUCUACAGUCCUCAAAAUCUUAGCGGACCAACACAAAGAAACAAUGUCAACACAAUCUAUUGAUGGAACUAAGGAAGAAGAAAAUGCACUAUUUACUGGUAGGAAGGAUGCAUUCAGUUUUGAAGACUUGGCAACUUCUCCCGAGGACUUUCAAUUUGGCCAGAAUAAUCCAACUUUUAAGGGCUUCUCUCGUGCUGCCGAGAAUCUGUUUUCAUCCAACCAGGGGUCUCCAAGCAAGGUAGACUCUUUGGCUGCCCAGGAAGAGGAGGACAAGACGGAGGAGAAUGAUGACGGAAAGUUUGAGCCUGUUAUUAAGUUGCCAGAAAAGGUUGACCUGGUCACGGGAGAGGAGGAAGAGCAGGUUCUAUACUCCCAGCGUGUUAAGCUGUUUCGUUUUGAUACCGGCCUAAGCCAAUGGAAAGAACGGGGCUUGGGGGUCCUCAAAUUUCUCAAAAAUGCUGCUAAUGGCAGACUAAGAGUUUUAAUGAGAAGGGAGCAGGUCCUGAAGGUAUGUGCCAACCACUGGAUCACCACCACAAUGAAUCUUAAGCCUCUAAUAGGGUCGGAUAAAGCAUGGAUGUGGUUGGCAAAUGAUUUCUCUGAUGGAGAUGCUAGACUAGAACAGCUAGCAGCCAAGUUCAAAACACCAGAGCUAGCAUCGGAGUUCAAGCAAAAGUUUGAAGAGUGCCAGAGACUCCUACUAGAUAUCCCAUUGCAUACACCACACAAGCUUGUUGAUACUGGCAGAACAGCCCAUCUCAUUCAGAAAGCUGAGGUAAUGAAGACUGGUUUAAAAGAUUUAAAAUGUUUCCUGACCGAUGGGAAAACUAAACUCUGUGAUGAAAGCGCAGCAAACCUCACACCAUCUAGCAAUGUGAUGGGGCUGACCGUGAAGCCCCACACUGAAGGCACAGGUCCUACUUUGGAAUGGGAUAACUAUGAUCUUAGAGGAGAACCUUUAGAUGACUCUGCUGACACUUCUGUAUAUGCUUCUCCUCUAGCAAGCAGUCCGGUAAAUUGUACCUAUGAAGACUAUGAAUCUGCUGUAAACUCCUUAAACGGAAAGCUCUACCCUGAGCCUACGGAAAGAGGAGCCACAGCAUCUGAUGCCGGAAUCGCCUCACAUCCAGGCUGCCAGGUGAUUUGGGAGAAGAAGCCCACACCCGAAGAGGAGAAGGCAAAGAGCCUACAACUCCCCCCAACCUUCUUCUGUGAACUGGGCAACAGUGAUUCAGAGGGAGACAAGGCAGAGGAGUUUGAGAGGGAGGUCGGCAAAGUACAGGGGGCACCGGUGGAGACCAAGUCGGGUGAGGAGGACGAGGAAAUCCUGUUCAAGGAGCGCACCAAGCUGUACCGCUGGGACCGCGGGCUCAACCAGUGGAAGGAGCGCGGCGUGGGAGACAUAAAGAUCCUCUACCACCCCGCCAAGGGCACCUACCGCGUCAUCAUGAGGAGAGAGCAGGUGCUGAACGUGUGCGCCAAUCACAUCAUCACACCCAUCAUGGAGCUCAAGCCCAUGAACUCGUCAGCCAACGCUCUGGUCUGGACCACCACCGACUAUGCAGAGGGAAAUGCUAGUGUGGAGCAGCUGGCAGCCAAGUUCAAGAAUGCAGACCUAGCCGAAAAAUUCAAGAAGACCUUUUUGGAGUGUCAGCAGCGGUUGAGUCAGCCCAGUGAGGACGCCACCUUGCAGACGUUGUCCCGAGCCCAGGAACAUUCCCGGGACACCAAUCCCCGGGUUUUCCUGACCAUCGCCGCUGAUUACGAGACCCUCGGCACCAUCGGCGUUGAACUGUAUUCCCACGCUGUCCCAAAGACGGUAGAGAACUUCCGGGUGCUCUGCACGGGAGGCAAGGGCUUUGGUCUGAAAAACUCCAUCUUCCACAGGGUUAUACCCAACUUCAUGUGUCAGGGAGGUGACCUCACAAACCACGAUGGAACCGGCGGAAAGUCCAUCUACGGUGGACAGUUUGAAGAUGAGAACUUUGACAUCCGACACACGGGCCCGGGCCUCCUGUCCAUGGCGAACCGCGGUCGGGACACAAACAACUCCCAGUUCUUCAUCACUCUGAAGAAGGCCGAGCAUCUGGACUUUAAACACGUGUUUGGCUGGGUUCACGAGGGCAUGGAGGUGGUGCGGGCGAUGGCUGAGCUGGGCUCUGUGUCUGGCAAGUCCAGCAAGAAGAUAAGCAUUGUGGACUGUGGACAGGUUUCAUAGACAUUGAUAACUAAUAUGGUGAAAAACACUUGAGCACAGGAAACUCUAAAUGUCAUAAUGAUUUUCUCAAUCAACUCCCCAGGAAUCUGAAGUUAACUGCUAUCAUGAGAGAAUGUGGUGAUUGUUCUUUCUCUUCUUCAGUCCUUUAACGCAGAUUGAUUCUUGCCCUCCUUUUUUAAGCUGGACUGGAGUAGUCCAAUCGUUCGUACUGAUCAUAUUGGUGAAGGUAUAACAAGAAAGCCUUAUGUAAGGGUCUGUUGUUGUUGCUGUGUUGCACUUAGUUUUUACACAACAUGUCACCUUUUAAGGGAAGUUGUUUAGUUAUUUUCCUGUUUUCAGAGGUAGCAUUGAUAAUUCACCAUGCACCAUAUUUUCCUGAUGUAGUGUUCCUUUUUGUUUUAU